UAUUCUGUUUUAUGUCGGCCAAAAUAAAACAAAACAAAAUACGAUGAAAAGGCAGAACACUGGGAUUGAGACUCGCGACAAACUUCCAGUAAUAAGCGAGAAUCAAUUACCUGUUUCUUGAUUGAAUUUGUGCCAACGUAAAAAAAUAAAUGGUAGAUUAUUUCCGAUUCUCACGCAGCAGCUCUUUCAGACCCGAUUCCCGCCGCACUCUGCUCCAAUGGAUCCCUCAAUUUCUGUCACUCCACCGCACUCUUCUGGCUCUCAUCUGGGCAGUCGGAUUCGUGUUCAUAAUCGCGUGGCAGAGGGCAGCCGUCGAUCGCUUCUGGGGCCCGCAGGCCCGGCCCAUUCCCCACCUCCGGCCUCUGGUCUUCAAUCUCACCGAUUUCGGGGCGGUGGGGGAUGGCAUCACCGUCAAUACCAACUCUUUCGAGAGGGCGGUUUCGGAAAUAGGGAGACGCGGCGGUGGCCAGCUCAAUGUGGAGGCCGGCCGCUGGCUCACCGCUCCUUUCAACCUCACCAGCCACAUGACUUUGUUUCUCGCUCAAAAUGCUGUUAUUCUUGGAAUUGAUGAUGAGAAUCACUGGUUGCUGAUGCCUGCUCUGCCAUCUUAUGGUUAUGGAAGAGAACGUGCUGGACCAAGAUAUGGAAGCUUGAUUCAUGGUCAGAACCUAACAGAUGUUGUGAUAACAGGACACAAUGGUACCAUCAAUGGACAAGGCCAGACAUGGUGGACUAAGUACCGAAAGAAUCUUUUGAAUUAUACUAGGGGUCCACUUGUGCAGCUUAUGUGGUCAAGAGACAUUCAGAUAUCUGAUGUGACUCUGCGUGAUUCUCCAUUCUGGACUCUUCAUCCGUACGACUGUCAGAAUGUUACUAUCAGAAACGUGACCAUAUUGGCUCCACUGUCUGGCGCCCCAAAUACUGACGGAAUAGAUCCUGAUUCAUGCAAGAAUGUAUUGAUAGAGAACAGUUACAUAAGCGUUGGAGACGAUGGAAUUGCAAUCAAAAGUGGGUGGGAUCAGUAUGGAAUUGCUUAUGCGCAGCCUUCUGCCAACAUUCUCAUACGUAAUGUCAUUGUGCGCUCAAUGAUAAGUGCAGGUGUCUCGAUUGGCAGUGAAAUGUCUGGUGGAGUCGCAAAUGUAACCGUGGAGAAUCUCCUUGUCUGGAACUCAAAGAGGGGUAUUAGAAUCAAGACAAGUGCAGGUAGGGGGGGUUUUGUCCGACAUAUAACCUACCGGAACUUGACACUAGACAACGUGAGGGUGGGUAUCGUGAUCAAGACCGAUUACAACGAGCAUCCAGACAAAGGCUAUAAUCCAAACGCCCUUCCGCUCAUAGAAGAUAUAAGCUUUGAUGGGAUUCGCGGACAGGGAGUUCGCAUCCCAGUUCGAAUCUACGGCAGCCAGGAGAUUCCGGUGAGAAAUGUGAGUUUCCGGGACAUGUUGGUCGGAAUAACGUACAAGAAAAAGCGAAUAUUCCAGUGUUCAUAUGUCCAAGGACGCGUGAUAGGGAAGAUUUUUCCGAGCCCGUGUGAGAAUCUUGAUGUGUAUGAUGAACAAGGGCGGCUAGUCAGGCCGUCCAAGUCUGAGAGCAGUAGUGCUGACAUAGAUUAUGAUUCCUGAUCUGACUAGUAUUUGUAGGAUGAUAUAUCAUUGGCUUCGACAGCUCCGGUUGUUGAGUUGAACUGAACUGGAUUAACUUGAAACAAAAACAGAAUAUUCUAUGUGGAUGGAGAUCAUUUUUGCGGAUGAAACAACAAGAUUUACUCUAUGUGGAUCAA